AUGGCUACCCCUAGUGUCCUCGCUUUUGACGCUGAGGGUCGAGCCAUAGACUUUGAGGUCUGGCUAGACGACCUGCAGCUGUUUUUACAGUGCGAUAGGGCGGACGGUCUGUCUCUCUUUGACCUCACCUCUGGCACCGUCCCUUCCCCUGCUGCUGAUGCUGACGCCACUGUUCGCUCACAGUGGGCCACGCGCGAUGCUGCUGCACGUCUUGCUGUGCGUCGCCACUUGCCUACCGCUGAGCGCGCGCACUUUAGCCAGUACAAGAGUGCCCAGACCUUGUACGACGCUGUAGUUGCGCGCUACUCCUCCCCUGCCACUGCUGCACUGAGCCGCCUCAUGCUCCCCUUCCUCUUUCCUGACCUUGCCGCCUUUCCCACUGUCGCUGAUCUCAUCACGCACCUCCGCACUAGUGACACUCGCUACCGCGCUGCGCUUCCUGCUGACUUCUGCGCCAAGAACCCCCCCCCCAUGUACAUCACUCUCUACUUCUUAGUCACUCGCCUCCCUGACUCCCUUCGUGUAGUCCGGGACCACUUCCUCGCAUUCUGUCCCACCACCCUCACAGUCGACAGCCUAGAGAAGGCCCUCCUUGCAGCAGAGAAGAGCAUAGUCGCUGUAGGAGCCUCUCGAGGUGACCCUCGCGCCCCCAUCUUUGAGGGGUGUUCUCCUUCCCCUCUCCUGCCCUCUGUCGCCUCUGCCGCUGCGGCCGACCUCGUUGGUCUUGAGUCGGUCGGUGCGGCGUCUGCCCCUAGCGGGAGACGCCGCUCUGGCAAGGGCAAGGGGGGCAAGGGAGCGGGUGGGGCCAGUGGGGGCGGUGGCGGUGGAGGUGGAGGCGGCGGAGGGAGUGGGGGUGGCGGUGGAGGUGGUAGCGGGGGUGGGGGUGCUAGUGGCAGCAGUGGAGGCGGGAGUGGCGGCGGCGGUGGCGGUGGUAGCGGAGGUGGCGGAGUUGGCGGCGGUGGAGGUGGAGGCGGGGGCGGUGGAGGCGGAGGCGGGGGUGGCGGAGGUGGAGGUGGUCGGAGUGGAGCUUCGCAGCGGAGCGGCACUGGUGGCGGUCAGCGCCAGCAGCAGCAGCAGCAGCAGCAGCAGCAGCGUUCUCGCGACGUCCCCACCCCUCAGCAGCUCCGUAAGUGCUCGUGA